UGUCAAUGAUGAUCGUACUCUACCUGCCAAACGAAAUUCCUCAAUUCUCGUAUUUCAGGAGGAAGUUGGAAAUUCGAAAAGUUUCAGAAAGAAAUCAAAACUCUCCCGGAACGGAAUUCUCCACAAUAUUUGAACCCGACCUUAUCCAAAAUCUUAAACUAGGGAGAAAUUGUAGGUGAAGUUUAAGAUUUAUUGUUAUAUAUGAGUCAUAUUUCCUUCUCGGUUUUGAUCCAGCAAGUUUGAGCGCAGUGAGCUCUUCGCAAAGCACUAACUAUAAGCUCUGCUUUCUCUUCGGAACUGAAUUGAAGCGAUGCUAAUGGAGGACUUUUCUCUUCCUCAAGACUCUCUUUUCCUAGGAUUCGACAGUUCUACUCAGUCAUUGAAGGCAACUGUGUUGGACUCCAAUCUCAACAUUGUGGCAACAGAGCUGGUUCACUUUGAUUCCGAGUUGCCCCAUUACAAGACCAAAGAUGGAGUCUACAGAGACACCACUGUUAAUGGCAGAAUUGUUUCGCCCACACUGAUGUGGGUGGAGGCUUUUGAUCUCAUCCUUCAAAAGUUAUCGAAAUCUGAUUUGGAUUUUGGCAAGGUUGCUGCGAUUUCUGGGAGUGGACAGCAACAUGGUAGUGUUUAUUGGAAUCCUGGAAGUGCUGCCCUCUUAUCAUCAUUGGAUUCUAGCAAGACGCUAGUUGAUCAGCUUGGGAGUGCCUUUUUGAUCAAGGAAUCACCAAUAUGGAUGGACAGCAGCACCACUGCUCAGUGUAGAGAGAUUGAAAAGGCUAUGGGAGGUGCAUUGGAGUUAUCUAAGAUCACCGGAUCCCGCGCUUAUGAAAGAUUCACAGGUCCUCAAAUUAGAAAGAUCUUUGAGACACUACCUGAAGUUUAUCACAAUAUUGAGAGAAUUUCCCUUGUUAGCUCCUUCAUGGCAUCUCUUCUUAUUGGAGCUUAUGCUUGCAUUGAUGAAGCUGAUGGCAGUGGCAUGAACUUGAUGGAUAUCAAGAAAAGAGCCUGGUCCAAAGUAGCUUUGGAGGCCACGGCUCCAGGUUUAGACGUAAAGCUAGGAAAGCUAGCCCUUUCGCAUGCUGUUGCUGGUCAUAUUUCAUCCUACUUUGUGGAGAGGUAUCGUUUUAGCAAGAAUUGUUUAGUUGUUCAGUGGUCUGGAGACAACCCUUGCACUUUAGCAGGUUUAACCUUGAGCACACCAGGGGAUCUGGCAAUUAGUCUUGGAACCAGUGACACUGUCAUUGGUAUCACUGCAGAUCCUCAACCUAGGUUGGAAGGACAUGUUUUUACUAAUCCUGUGGACCCAGAGAAUUACAUGGUUAUGCUGGUAUACAAGAAUGCAUCCCUGACUCGUGAAGAUGUGCGUAAUCGCUGUGCGGAGAAAUCAUGGGAUGUGUUCAACAAGUUUUUGCACCAGACACAGCCACUUAAUGGUGGCAAAAUUGGUUUCUUCUACAAGGAGCAUGAAAUUCUUCCUCCCCUCCCAAUUGGUGUGCAUCGUUAUAUUCUCCAAAAUUUCACGGAUGACACUCUAGAAACCCUUCAAGAAGAAGUAGAGGAAUUUGAUCCACCUUCUGAGGUUCGGGCAGUAAUUGAGGGUCAGUUCCUCUCUAUGAGAGGCCAUGCAGAGAGAUUUGGAAUGCCUUCACCUCCAAAACGAAUAAUCGCGACAGGCGGUGCAUCAGCAAAUGAGAGUAUUUUGCAUUCAAUAGCAUCAAUUUUUGGCUGUGACAUCUAUACAGUCGAGAGACCUGAUUCGGCUUCCUUAGGAGCUGCUUUGAGAGCUGCUCAUGGUUGGCUGUGUAGUAAAAAGGGCAAUUUUGUACCAAUCUCAUGCAUGUACAAGAACAAGCUAGAGAAGACCUCUCUCAACUGCAAGCUUGUGAUGCCUGGGGGGGAAGAAAAGCUAGUUUCCAAGUAUGGCUGGCUGAUGAAGAAGAGAAUGGAAAUAGAGAACUGUCUUGUGCAGAAGUUUGGUCGCAAUUAGAGUGUGUAUUUGCUGGAGCUCUAAAUUGUAAGGACAAUAAAUUAAGCUGGAAAUAAAGGCUACUUAUUUUGUUGGGAUCCA